GUAAAAAUCUCUGCACUUAAAGCGAGAUAAAUAUAUAUUUUGGUGUUAAAGAGAGAAAGAGAAAGCGAAAAGUCUGAUUGCAGAAAGUGCGGGCAACACGAACAGACUUGUGUGCAGAGACACAGACGUGAGGGAGGGAGAUGCACUUGGAGAGAUGCAAUUUAUAUAACCUAAUCUGUCAAAAAUUCGUGUUCCACAUCAACAAUAUAAUAAUAUACAUCAUAAUUCACAAUAUCAUAGAAAAUGUGCUGAUCGUAACAAAAAUGGCAUCCGAGGACGUCAAAUCUCAAACGAUACUAACUUCUUCGGAAGAGACUGGCCAAUCUAUUACUAGUACUUUGCAACAGGAAAGUAAAGAUCCAAAUUCAACUAAUAAGCCACAGAAUCAAGCAAAUCGACAAAACAACCUCCAGAGGAUACAACAGCGCAAGCAACAAAUGUACAAUUGGCCACAAAUUAAAAAGUUAUUGAAACUUGCAAAUUAUAGUGCUUGUCAAGCAGACGAUUGCAAAUGUAAUGGCUGGAAAAAUGCGCAACCGAUUACGAAGCCACAAAAAGGCGAGACACAGCAACCUGUUAUAAACUUUUUUGAUCCAUGCAAGAUGUGUACUCAUACUUUAGAAAAUCAUAUUAAACACCUACCGGUGCAGUCUGAUGAGGAAAUCAAUAGAUUAUUGGGAAUGGCUAUUGAUGCGGACAAUAUUUUUAUGAGCAUACAUAGAGAAGGAGAUUCCGAUACUAAGAAAGUAUAUUUUUUUUUAUAUAAAAUAUUGAGGAGAUGUAUUUUGUCUAUGACAAAACCGACUGCAGAAGGCGCGUUGGGACAUCCGCCAUUCGAAAGACCAAACAUAGCAAAGGCAGUUAUGAAUUUUGUUUUAUAUAAAUUCAGUCAUUUGCCUCCAAGAGAAUGGCAAGUAAUGUGCGAUAUGGCGAAAAUGUUUCUACAUUGUUUGAAUUAUUGGAAUUUCGAAGCACCCAGUGCCAGACGAAAUAUGGAUGAUGUCAAUACUUAUAGAAUUAAUUAUACUCGUUGGCUUGUCUUCUGCCAUGUGCCUGCAUUUUGCGAUUCGUUGCCGCAUCAUGAUACUCCACUAGUUUUUGGAAAGACUCUGCUACAAGCUGUAUUUAGAUCAGUUUGUAAACAAUUAAUGGAUAAAUGUCACACUGAAAUAGAAAAAAUAGCGGCAGAGAAAAGAGUUUUACUUUUAACACAUUUUCCCAAGUUUCUUUCAUUGUUGGAAAAAGAGAUUUAUUCUAAUCAUUCACCUAUUUGGGAUCCUGAAUUUAAACCAUCGCCACCAUCUCAUCUUCAAUCUGCUGCCUUGGAAUCAAAAGGACAUCAGACAAGAAAACCGGGAGAAUUUGAGAAAGUUACUGUAACUCCGAAUCAAAAAGAUAAUUUUACAACAAUAAAUAUCAGUCCUGGAGUGAAAAAGAUUCAGGAGAAACGUCCUAACAGCGAAGUACGUCUUGACACAAAGAGGCGAAAGAACGAAGAGGCUUUCGAGGAUCUACCAGAUGAGACUAUUGCUGAAAUUGUUGCAUCUAUUAAUGACACUAAUUAUAUAUCCGGUUCUGACGCGGUAUUUCCACCGGACCUCCCGCGAGACGAAACUGCUAAAAAUGAAGAAAGUAAAAAGAUAAUAGAAUUUCAUGUAGUUGGAAAUAGCCUUACACAACCAGUAUCUAAGCAAACUAUGCUCUGGCUGAUAGGAUUACAAGAUAUAUUUAGCCAUCAAUUACCUGAAACGUUCAAAGAAUAUAUUACUCAGCUUGUUUUUGAUCCAAAGCACAAAACACUAGCCUUGAUAAAAGACGGUCGACCAAUUGGCGGUAUCUGUUUCUGUAUGUUUCCAAGUCAAGGUUUCACCGAGAUAGUGUUCUGUGCUGUCACGAGUCACGAACAAGUAAAAGGAUACGGGACGCACUUGAUGAAUAUGUUGAAAGAUUAUCAUAUCAAGAACAAUAUACUGCAUUUUCUCACAUUCGCAGACGAUUUUGCUAUUGGAUACUUUAAGAAGCAGGGAUUUAGCAAAGACAUAAAACUGCCGAAAUCGGUACACCAGGGAUACAUUAAAUAUUACGUAAAAGCGACAUUGAUGCAUUGUGAACUGAAUCCAAAGAUCGUGUAUACCGAAUUCACAGCGGUUAUCAGAAAGCAGAAGGAAAUUUUAAAGAAAUUGAUUCAUCAGAGGCAACAGGAAAUACAGAAAGCGCAUCCGGGCUUGACAUGUUUUAAAGAAGGCGUGAGGGCAAUCCCCAUCGAGUCUAUCCCGGGUAUUCAUGAAACUGGAUGGAAAAGCUCCACUCAAACUAGAACGAGGGCUGUGACGAAAGGAGCGCAAGGUCCGGAACCGAUAGACACAAGCCUAGAUUUAGAUAUGCCAGAUAACCUAUAUAACACAUUAAAUAGUGUUUUGAACAGUGUGAAGAAGCACAGUACAGCAUGGCCUUUCCUGAAACCCGUAGAUAAAAACGAUGUUCCAGAUUAUUAUGAUCAUAUAAUAUAUCCUAUGGAUCUCAAAACUAUGCAAGAUCGUUUGAACGCGGGAUACUACGUAAUUAAGAGAUUAUUUAUAGCGGACAUGUUACGGAUCUUCACUAACUGCAGAUUGUACAAUAGUCCCGACACUGAAUAUUACCGAUGUGCCAAUGCCUUGGAGGAACACUUUCAAACGCGUAUGAAAAAAGUCGGUCUCUGGGAUAAGUAAAACUUUUAAUAGUGUUGUGAUAUAUAUACAUAAUGAUAAUAUGUUGACAGUUGAAACUUCUUAACUUAUUCUUACUACAAAGUCUACUUGCUUUAUAAAGAAAGUCCAUAUUGGGAAAUGCACACUGCUUUUUGUGCAGUAUAUUUGUAUUAAAAUUGAAUAUAUAUAUAUAUAUAUUCUCUUGUGUGUGAGUCGGUGCGUGCAGAAUAACCAAAUUGAAGAAAAAAAUUCUAUAAAUUUUUUUCUUUUUCACUAAAUUUGACAAUGAAUUUGACUGAUGAAUCAAUUUAAACAUGAGAAUUUAAAUAUCAUAAUUGAAACGAAGCAUCUUUUCCAACUAAUUUUUGAAAAUUAUUGUGUUUCACUGUUAUAAACAUUUUACAAUACAAAUCAUUAUAAUUAUUUACAAUUAUAAUUUAUUAUAAAUUAUUUACAUUUUAUAUUUAUAAAAUUAUUUAUAUUUUCCAUUGUAAUUCUUCCUGAUUGAUUUUUUCAUAUUAUUCUCUCUGAUAUGUACCUUCUGUGGAUCAAUUGGAUAUGUAUGUGAGUGUAUUGUAUUUGCGCGCGUGAACAUAAAUGUAAUUGCAAAGCGAAGGGUAUCGCCUGUCUUUAACAUUAAUCAUAUAUUUUAUAUAGUAUCAAUCAACACGAAAAUUAUUUAUACGUUGCUUUUUUAUUACAUUGCAUACUAUGUAGCAUUAUGGUGUUAAAAAUAUCAAAAAUGGUUUAUGCAAAAAUGAUCUAGGCAAAAAUUUCAAACCAAAGUGGGUACUUAAUUUCACAGCCUAAUUAAUAUCAUUAGUCGAACAGUUAAUUAAGGAGCGUAAUACGACGAUUAUAAGGAUGCUCUGGUAGGCGAUCAGUCUACGGAACAGCGGUUCUCUGUAAUGCAAGACGGUUUGUAUAUUAAGUAUUCUUAAAAGGAAUAGCGCUUGUGUUAUAUUUGCAAAGUGAUUCAUAUGCAGGAUUCUUGCAACAGUAACUGCAGCGAUAUUUGUAUCAUAUGCUUGUAUAAAAGAUAAUAUCCGAUUAUAUUUUACUGUAACUUAAUUUUAAUAACUCUAUGAUAUAUCAUGACAGAAAAAUUUAUUGUAAAAUUUGGAGGGCCAAUAGUUAUCACCACAUUUUUUUCUAAAAAUAAUGUAAAUCUUUUAAAACUCAUUGAAUAUGUUUCAUUGAGCAGUACUUCGAUUAUCUAUUUUUAGAAAAGUGCACACAUUUAUGGGAGGGCACAAUUUAAAACAAUUAAGAUAUUUUAGCUUAUUAACCUUAUGAACUUUCGUGUGUGUUACUUCUUUUACUUUUUGUUCAAUUUUGUCGCUCGAUGAUUCUGUGACUUAUAUAGAAUGGAAUCAUUGAACGAGAUAACGAUUCCACCAUUCUACCGUUGCCUCGUUGGCUCGAUUUAGCUUUAGCUGUAAUCUACGGACAGUUCUUAAAUAAAUUUCAAUGAAUGCAUUUCCUUAUCUUUCAAUAGAAUACAUUCGCUUGAGAAACUAGCACAAACGAAAUUACAUUUUUCGCGCGUAAUAUCUAAAGAGAUUGCAAUCUACUGUGCAGAUUUGCAGAUAGAUGCAAUACGAUUGCAGGAACAUAGAGACGUAUGCUCCAAUUACCGCGAUGACUUUAUGCAUUCAACGUAGAUAACAUAACGAGCGCUAACCGCAAGCUAUAAUUGGCAUACAUUAAAAAGAAAUUAACUCACUUAUUAUAAAAAAAUUGUAGAUAUUCUCGAAAAUGUAAUAUAUGUGUGCAUGUGGGUCUGGGUGAAGGACUGCUAUCUGUAAUAUCGAAUGGUGACCAAACAUGAUUAUAACAUUAUGUAUUUUGUUGUAUCAUAUACUUCUAAGAGCGGAAUAUAUUUUUAAGGGGGCGGAUGCAAAAUCGUAUAGCAAAACUAUUUAUCUUCAUGUUCCUUUUUCAACACUGCACAAACAGAAUAAUUUUCUGAAUAAUUUUUGUUUUCGCUUUCUUUCUCUUUUUCUAUUUUUUAAUUGAUGGUUUUACUGAGUAAGCUCUUUUGGCGUUUUAAUCAUGGGUUGAAUAAACGCAAUUUAUUGAGGACUUUAAAUUCGAAUGAUCAAUUUACUUAUUUCUGAACAAAUUACAAACUGAUAACAAUUGCAUCGAUAGUUUCCAAGAAAAAGGUACACAAAAAAGGUUGAAAAAAAACAUGAUUUCACAGCAAAGCGUUUUGAAGAUUUUGACGAUUCUUUAGAAACUUAAACAUGUCUAAAAAAUUUUGAUACUUUUAUCUUCAAGUGCAUCUGCCUUCUUAAACGCGUAUUCUUAUUCACGUAUAAUUUAUGCACAUGUUAUAUUUAAUGUAAAAAGCCAAAUCCUACACAUUAUAUUUAUCCGAUUGUAUUCUCAUUGUUAAAAUGUAUUCAUCAUGUAAUUCGCAAAUUUAUAAACAGGUUUUACCAAAA